AUGACAAGUACGAGCACCAAUGCGGAGAGGGAGUGUAGUAUUCCCGUCAUAAUGAAGGAGGCAUUUCUUUUCUUUGCGUACGAGCACCCGGUGAUUGGAUCACUUGAGUGCCUCGUGUGCAAGUUGCACUUAGAGGAAUGCUGUCUGGGAUGUCGCGGGAAGGGGAACCCUGUAGAAGAAUGCCACGUGGUACGUGGGACAUGUGAUCACACAUUCCACGAUCACUGCAUACAAAGUUGGUGCCGACAGCGGAGAGAGUGCCCGGCGUGUUUUAAGGAGUGGGUUCCAGCAACAUACGUCCAACGCACAUGA